CCUCCGAUAUCGAUUUGUAAGUACCAAAGUACCUUCUUUAAUUCUUAAUAAUUUGCAACUUUCCCAAAUCUCUCACUAGCAACAACAACGUCGAGGUGCGAGACACUGACGGCUCAAUCUACUAAUUGAAGUCGAUUACUAUACUCGAGUGCGAUUCUUAUACCGACAGAUGAACCUAAUUUCGAAUAUGGCAACCCGGCGCAUGGUCUCGCCCCUCCGAGCCGUCAUAUCACGGUCAUAUUCCUCAACGGCCGCUGCCCACUCUAGACUCCAAUUAGCUUACGACCACCACGAGCCCCCGAAAGACGGACGGCAUAAGCAGGAUGCGCCUAUAAUAUUUAUGCACGGUUUGUUCGGGUCGAAGAAGAACAACAGGAGCGUGAGCAGAGUUCUAGCUAGGGACCUUAAGCGCCAUGUAUAUACGGUUGACCUACGCAACCACGGCGAAUCCCCCCACUCCUCACGACAUGACUACCUCGCUAUGGCCGACGACGUCGCAGGCUUCAUCCAUGACCACGGGCUACAAGACACGACGCUCAUCGGCCACUCCAUGGGCGCCAAAACAGCAAUGACCCUCGCCCUCUCCCAACCCUCCCUAAUAUCCUCCUUAAUAUCCGUAGACAACGCCCCCAUCGACGCCGCCCUCGGCGGGCCCUUCGCGCGGUACGUCCAAGGCAUGCGACGCAUCGACGAAGCCAACGUAACAAAACAAGCCGACGCCGACAAGAUCCUCGCUGAAUACGAGUCCGAAUUGCCUAUCCGACAAUUCCUUCUCGGAAACCUGCACACACCCGACCCCUCGCAAAAUAUAAAACGUUUCCGCGUUCCCUUGGGUACAUUAGGAAAAUCAUUAGAUAAUCUCGGUGAUUUCCCGUUUAAAAACCCGGGAGAAGUGCGAUUUGAAAAACCAGCAUUGUUUGUGCGUGGUACGCGAAGUAAAUACGUACCUGAUGAGGUCAUACCGUUGAUCGGGCAGUUCUUCCCGCGGUUUAGGAUGGUGGAUAUUGAAGCCGGCCAUUGGGUUAUUUCGGAGAAGCCGGAGGAAUUCCUUCGAGCCGUUAUAGAAUUCCUAACGCCGAAGGAGUAAAAACCCGAAGAAAAGAGAAGCGAACGAAAGUAGACGACAUUUGCAUAUAUAUCCGUUUUAGAAGGUCAUGUAUCAUUGCAUAAGGGGAUAUCAUCUAUAGAGGACAGUUAUAUACACUGACGCCGCUCAGCGUCAAAAAACCUAGGCGUUUAUUGGGUUACCAGUUUGCUUGCCGAAUGAGAAUAGAAAAAGACAGAGUUCUUGGGCUUCUUAGCAAGCGCAGGCUGAAGAUGAGUCGGACGAAAGACCUAGGUCUAUACCAGUGCUAUUAGAAGCGGGCGCCGCGGCGGCUAGAAGUUGGGGUUUUUGGACGAUUCGAUCGACGACCUCGACGAAGGGCUUCCUAAUGUUUUCUUUCGUCUUGGAGCUAACCUCGCAAAAACCGGCUCCUUGGGAAUCGGCGAACGCUUUGCCUUCUUCGAAGGAAACGGCGCGGCCGUCUGUAGCCACUUUAUCCAACUUACUUCCCACC